AAGUGGGAAAAUUGGAAGAUAAAAACAAACCAUACACUUUUCCUCUUUUCUCUCCUUUUGAGACGCUCUCAAAUUAAACUGUGUUGCUUUCUCUGUUUUUGCUACAUCAUAGAUUCUUUCACUGCCCCUCCUUUCAAGUCAAAGUAGAAAAUACAUUUUUUUCCUAAAAAAAAAAAAAAAAUUAAUAAUGAAGAGCCACAGCUCAUAGCUCAUGGGCACAUAUUCCCUUCCAACAUAACCCCACUCAUGUUUCCAGAUAUGGAGUGAGAACAUAGGAAACCCAACAACUCCUAAAAUUAUAAAGAGAAGGACACAGCUGCCACAAUUGCUAAAAAGGAUCAUUGCCCAUUUUUUAUGUUUCACUCUUCUUCUAAUUUUUCAUUCUCAAAACUGAAAAAAAAGCAAAAGAAAAGAAGGAAAAAUAAUGGGUCUUCAAAAUUUGCAAAAUCAAAAUAUGAGCUUGGUUUUGUCCACUGAUGCAAAGCCUAGACUAAAAUGGACUCCAGAACUGCAUCAAAGAUUUGUUGAAGCUGUCACUCAACUUGGUGGUGCAGAAAAGGCAACACCAAAGAGUCUUAUGAGAGUGAUGGGAAUUCCUGGACUUACUUUGUACCAUCUAAAGAGUCACUUACAGAAGUACAGACUAGGGAAAAGCCAGCAAUCACAAUCACAAUCACAGUCACAGUCACAGUCACAAACCAGCAUUGAGAAUAAGCAAGAAGUUCUUUUUAGUGCAGAUUACAAAGAGAUUCAAAGUGGUAAUGGCGAUUUAAGAGCAAGAAUCAUUGAAGGAAACCAAAAUCCUGUUAAUGAAAGCUUUCAGAUUGCUCAAGCUCUCCAAAUGCAAAUGGAAGUGCAGAGAAAACUUCAUGAACAGAUUGAGGUACAAAGACAUUUACAGCUGAGAAUAGAAGCUCAAGGGAAAUAUUUGCAGUCAGUACUAAAGAAGGCACAAGAAACUCUCUCCGGAUAUAAUUCAUCUUCAAUGGGAAUAGAACUUGCAAAAGCUGAACUUUCGCGAUUACUUUCGAUGGUUAACAAUGGAUGUCCGAGCUCUUCAAUGUCAGAAUUAACAGAAGUAGGAGUUUCAAGCUUAAAAGACACAGAAAGGAAACAAAUGAGGGGUACAAUAUGUUCAAUGGAAAGUUCCUUAACAUCAUCUGAAAGUUCUGGAAGAAAAGAAGAAGAUAUGCAGCUAAAGCAAUCUGCUUCUAUUGAGAUUCCUUUAAUAGAUAUUCAUCCUGGGGAAGCAAAGAAGAGAAGUUGUAGCAGCACAGUUUCUGAAGGUAUCUGUGUAGAGCAACCAAUGGCGAAAAGAUCAAGAAGUGGUGAUCAAUUGAGAAUAUUUGAUCUUAAUAGCCAUUAUCAGAAUAAUGAGCUGGAAUCAGGUCCUGAAGUAAUAGAUUUGAAUUGCAAGGAAUUUGCACAACUGAAUGGGCGAGCCUAGAGCUCUGGAAUUUCUAUACUGGAAGUGAUUUAGUAAUAUAUAUAUAAUCUAUGCAGCAGGAAAGUUAAUGGUUAAAGUCUUUGUUUAUAAGUUUAUAAACUACGUGUAUAUUGGUAUAUUUAUGGAACCUCUGCAACUUUUCAAAGUAUAUCCAUAUAAAAAAGAUGGUAUAAUAAUAUAUUGUGCGUGUAAGUUUCUAUGUA